UAGGGUUUAGAGGGAUAAGUUUGACUUGGGCUUGUAUGGGCCUUUACAUUGGCCCAUUUACGGCCCAAAAAUAUUGGGCUAGGCUGUCAAAACUUGUCGUCUUUAUCGGAUUGAAGAAAACAAGCGUCAAAUGCCUGCUAUGAAUUCAUGGCUUGCUAUCAGUCUUCACAGUUUCACUUUCAUUCUCUUUGGAGAUGUUUCAGAACCUUCGGGACGAGCUUAUCAGCCACUCAUGGAGUCGGAUGCAACUUGUGCUACGUAAAGAAACAGAACCUGCUUCAACCUUUUCUCAGUUUUUCCAGAAAGGGCUAUUGUAUUAUUUCCAAUAGUUUAAAUUCGGGUUUACCUGGAGCUAUUUGUGAGGAAGACAAUGCAGCAAUUUCUUCUCAAAGUCAAAGAAUACUUAAUAAAGAUGCACCACUUAGUUCAGCCAAGCGUGAAGAAAAAACAGUGAAUAAUAAACCUUCAGAUGGUAGAGUAAUGCUCAUUGAUGGCACAGCUAUCAUUUAUAGAGCAUACUACAAACUUUUAGCAAAGCUGCACCAUGGCUAUCUAUCACAUGCUGAUGGUAAUGGUGAUUGGGCUCUUACUGUAUGUACUGCUCUAUCUCUUAUAAUUGAUGUUCUGGAAUUUAUCCCUUCCCAUGUGGCGGUGGUGUUUGACCAUGAUGGAGUCCCAUUUGGUCAAACUUCUAUUUGGUCCAAAGAAAAUUUUUUGGCAAAAGGUCGGAAUUUUCGCCAUACUCUAUACCCUUCGUACAAGAGCAAUCGGCCCCCAACACCUGAUACCAUUGUUCAGGGACUUCAAUACUUAAAGGCAUCCAUUAAGGCUAUGUCCAUUAAGGUGAUUGAGGUACCAGGUGUGGAAGCUGAUGAUGUGAUUGGAACAUUGGCUGUAAGAAGUGUUGAUGCUGGGUACAAGGUAAGAGUUGUCUCCCCGGACAAAGACUUUUUUCAGAUAUUAUCGCCAUCAUUGCGGCUUUUACGAAUUGCUCCACGUGGCCUUGAGAUGGUUUCAUUUGGAAUGGAGGAUUUUGCUAAAAGAUAUGGGGACUUGAAACCUUCUCAGUUUGUUGAUAUAAUCUCACUUAUGGGUGACAAAGCUGACAAUAUCCCAGGAGUUGAAGGAAUUGGACAUGUUCAUGCUGUGCAACUAAUCAGUAGAUUUGGUACAUUGGAAAAUUUAUUGAAAUGUGUCGAAGAAAUUGAGGAAGAACGUAUUAAGACGACCUUGAUAGCAAAUGCCAGUCAAGCUGUCUUGAGCAAGAACCUGGUGAUUUUACGUUCUGAUCUUCCAUUCUACAUGGUACCGUUUGCUACUGAAGAUCUCAUAUUCACAAAACCAGAGGACAAUGGGGAGAAGUUUGGGAGCCUUCUAGCAGCAAUCAGUGCUUAUGCUGAAGGAUUUUCGGCCAAUCCAAUCACCAGGAGAGCAUUUUCCUUGUGGAAGAGGCUUGGAACAAGGUGAUUUUAAGAUUCACUUUUGCAUAUGGAUAUAACUGAAGGCCGAAGCUCAUCGUGAAUUACUAACUGCAAGUAGCAAAAUUUCAUCAUAAUGAAUUGUGUAAAGUUGUAGCUGUCAUGCAUAUCGUACGAGGGCAACCAAUAUAUAUAUAUAUAUAUAUAUAUUCCUGAAUUUUGUCAUCUUGUAAUCUUGAGAAGUGUUAUCAUGGUAAGUAUACUUAACGUAAGGAUUCUUACAUGAAUUCUUUUAACAAAACACUGUUUCAAGAGAAAAUAGCUCCAUAUAUUUUAGAUAUAUAUAUAUAUAUAUAUAU